AGUUGUGAUGGGACCCACAGGAGUUGCAAUUAAGCACGUUGUCAGGGCUACAUGCUCUGCCCUUUCCCAGCUGGAAGACUCAGGCCAAGCUUCUUUAACAUGUCUGAACCUCUGUUGCCUCCUGCGUAGGAGACAGGUCACAUUUGCCUCUGAGGGUUUGCUGUGAAACAUAUGUAGCUAUGACUUUUAAGGCGCUAAGCUUAAUGCCUGGCACAUCGUAACACUGUUAAUUACCAUUACUAAUUAUGUCCUAAGGAGGUCAAACGAAACAGUAUGAGUUACCGGCAGACGUGAGUAAGUCGCUUGAACACGGAACACCAUUUUCUGUAUCUGUCAAGUAGGCGGGCAUUCAAACGCUUUUGUCUGUUUCCCAAGUGUGUUGUGAGGAUCUCAUAAAGUUUUGGGCAUGUAAUUUCGAAAGGUGGCAGCCACGUUUUGAGUGCUUGUGAUGUGUCAGGCACGUGGCUACGGGGAUGAUUUCAUUCGCUCAGGGAGUGGUUCCUAGUGGCUGGUGGUCCCUGACAUCUGUGUGUGUGCUGGGUGGGGGUGAGGGAUGUCUUCUUCCUAAUAAGUGAAUGCACUGCUAGGCUGAACGCCCUCGUUUUCUUCCCGCUGGGCUGGGGCCUGGGAGGGAAUGGACGUGACGGUCUGUGCAGCCUGGUCUCCUCGAGCCGCUUCUCGGGCAAACAGGAAAGACAUAGACGAGCAGACGCAGGCUGCCACGUUCGUUCUUUCUCAGGGUACGCAGCGGUCAGGGUAAGAAUCCACGGGUGUUUCUCAAAGGAUGGCCUCUGGCCGUCCGCAGCGCAGUCGCCGGGGCUGGGCUGGCCUCGAAUCUCCAUCUGCCUGACCCUUUAAAGAGCUGCCGGCCGAGUCCGCUGCACACCCACGUGUGAGCACCUGAGAGUCUGCAGGAUCUCAGAGGAGGGAACCGCGUCCUGCAAGAGGAGCAAUCAAGGCCGGCUUUCCGGAGGAGGCGGCCUCUAGGAAUGGAAGAGGAGGUGGGAUGUGUUUCAACCGGCAAUGGGUCCCGAGAGGCCAGGGACUUGUUCACUUCAGCAACUCCAGGGCUUGGCAAAACGCCUGUCACGGGCGGCGCUCGACAAUGACUAGCUGAAAGCAGGAGCGAAGGGCCUGCUAUGGUCCCUGAGUGUCCCCGGCGCAGGUUUUACCCGCCUGAGCAUGCGCGCCUGGGCCUCGCCCGCUUAGCCUCCGCCCCUCCCACCAUCGCGCAGGCGCGGAGCGGGUGACGUCACUGCGCGCCAGACCAUGCGCCGGGAGGCGUCGCGCGGUGACUGCGUCGCGCGGUGACUGCGUCGCUAUGGAGCCGAGGGCAGUAGGUGUCUCCAAACAGGACAUUCGUGAACAAAUUUGGGACUACAUGGAAUCACAAAAUUUAGCUGACUUUCCCCGACCUGUUCAUCACAGGAUUCCCAACUUUAAGGGGUCUUAUCUGGCUUGCCAAAACAUCAAAGACCUAGACGUUUUUGCCAGAACGCAGGAAGUUAAAGUGGACCCUGAUAAACCACUGGAAGGCGUUCGGCUGCUGGCGCUGCAGAGCAAAAAAACAUUGUUGGUUCCAACACCACGACUGAGAACGGGGUUGUUUAAUAAGAUCACACCACCCCCUGGGGCAACUAAAGACAUCUUGAGAAAAUGUGCCACCUCUCAGGGUGUGAGGAACUACAGCGUCCCCAUAGGCUUGGAUUCCAGAGUCCUUGUGGAUUUAGUUGUGGUGGGAUCCGUCGCCGUUUCUGAAAAAGGCUGGAGAAUCGGGAAGGGAGAAGGCUACGCCGAUCUGGAAUAUGCCAUGAUGGUAUCCAUGGGCGCCAUCAGCAAGGAGACGCCGGUGGUCACCAUCGUCCAUGACUGCCAGGUCGUGGACAUCCCUGAAGAGCUUGUUGAGGAGCACGACAUCACCGUGGACUACAUCCUCACUCCAACCAGAGUCAUUGCCACAGGCUGCAAGCGCCCAAAGCCGAUGGGAAUCACCUGGUUCAAGAUCAGCCGGGAGAUGAUGGAGAAAAUCCCCAUAUUGAGGAGCCUCCGUGCCCGAGAGCAGCAGGCUGGGAAGGAUGUCACCCUCCAGGGUGAGCACCAGCACCUUUCGGAACCAGGCCGCCAGCAGACAGUGCCCCUGAGUGUUGGCAGGAGGCCCCCAGACACACCCGGAUCAGAAGCUAAUUCCGUGGAGGCAGCCCGUGGCUCCCCACCAGGGGAGGGUGCCCCGCUUGCAGCCGAUGUUUAUGUUGGUAACCUCCCCCAGGACGCCCGUGUGAGUGACCUGAAGAGAGCCCUGCGGGAACUCGGCUCCAUGCCCCUGCGGCUCACCUGGCAGGGCCCGCAGCGCAGAGCCUUCCUCCAUUACCCGGACUCGGCCACAGCCCAGCAGGCCAUCUCCUGCUUGCAGGGCCUGCGCCUGGGCACCGACACCCUGAGGGUGGCGCUGGCCAGGCAGCAGAGGGACAAGUGACCUCGUGGACAGCCACGGAGCUCACUGCAGACUCGCCAUCCCCGUCCCCUGCUACUCUGGUUCCGGUGGCACUCGAGAGGCCUGCGUGGCAAGACGUGUUGGAGCCACCGCCUGAGCUGCUCGGGUCUCAGUUCUUCUCAGAAGUCACUGCUCAGUGAACGCCCAGGCCCUCCUGUGAGUGGGGAAGCUGGCCUGCAGUUCAUCUCACAGCACGCAGAGACUGCAGCCUCCCAUUUGUGCAGGCUUGGGCCUUGAGCCAGUUUGUGUUUCUCUGGAGGGACAGAGCAGAGGGGCCAGGGACUGAGUGAGUGGCUAAGCAGGGGAGGGUGAUGUGAAGGGUGAUCUCGGGUUUGCCAGGGGUGGGCUGAACAGGAGAAGAUGAACAAAGGAUCCGGCUCUCAAGAGGCCCUGGCAGGGACUGGAUGCCAGGUACAGAAGAGCGCCCUUGGGCUUCAGGCUCCUGAGCUGGCAGCAUGGCAGGGAGAGCUCCAUCCAUGUCGCAGGAGUCCAGGGAGCUCAGCCCCAGGGUAAAAAGUGCUCACUGCAGCUCAGAUCAGUCCUCAGGUCACACUUUGGGGAGCCAGCCUCCCCUCUUCCCCUCCCCACCCCACUCCUCCCUCUGCGGACACACACUCCGGGCCCUCAGCCAGCUGGCUGCAUGAGGAGCAGCUUUGUGCUGUGGGAGAGACCGGCUCUGGGAGAAUGGGUUUCAUCCCAGCCUACGUCACAUUUGCCCAGUGCCUUAUGUUUUCUGGGGUUUUUUCCUCCAGUUCUGUUUCUAAAAACCAGCUGGAGUUUGGCUGAAUUGUCCUUUCUCAACAGAAGCGCUUUUGCAAUUGAUCCCGGGCAACAAGUCAAAGUAAGCUUUUAAGUGGAGAUUUUUUUUUUUUCAAAUGUAUAUGCUUUGGAAAUUUUGAUUUUUUAGCCAGAGGGUUUUACCAAGUGUUAUUUGAAGCACAUCAUGAUGCCUCGAGAGGGCAGCCCGCGCACGCACUUUAGAGAAGAUGUUCUCGUGACACUCCGUCUUCUCUUUGAAAGAGCAUUUUCUCAUUGGUUUUGCCGUGAAAAUCCUGUGGAGACUUCGGAAAGAAAACGCAGCCUUAGAUUUGCUCAUUAAAGACAGAUUUCCUUCCCAAGUCGCCAUGAAUAAAAUGAGGGAGUAGAAACGUCUGGAAGCGCCACACCUGGCCCUGGACCCUGGGCCCUCUGUGUCCUUGGCCUUGUCCCCGCCCGCACGGCUGGUCACAUUUGUCAUGGGCAUUCAGCUCAGUGUCAGAGGCUGACUCAGUCCCCAGUUCAGAGUAGUCACCUGGUUACACUGAACUCCUCACCUUCUUUUCUCUCUUUUUUUAAAGAAUACUUCUUUUUUUGAAAGAUUCUUAUUUUUUUGUUUGUUUGUUUACCUUUUUCCUGUGGAUUUGUCGCCAUUAGAAUAGCAACUCCAGGAGAAGAGCAAGUGAGUCAGCCCCGCCUUGUCCACUCCCUGCCCCGCCAGCAGUGGGUACAGCCCUGCAGACAGGAGCAAGGACUUCGGGGAAUAGACCCACUGGAGCCGGGAGAGGGAGAAGCUGGAUUCUGACCCCACCACUGGCACUCCUGUGUCCAGCUAUGCCUGACGCCCACCCCACCCUCAGAUGGCGGGAUUAAACCAGGCAGUACAGGGUUACUCGGGGAAGCCAGACUGCUGGGGUUUCCUGUCACUUUAGCCAGAAUAAUCCAGGUGUGUGGAUACACAGAUAAUCUGAAAGAGUUUCUCAUUUUUAUAUUUGUGGAACAUCGUGUAAGAAAAACUAAAGAGCCAAGUGCCUGAAAUAAAAUCCCCCACAUGUAUCAGCCUGCA